UGCAAUCUUCGCCAUUUUUUUUGUUUUACAAAGAUUUCUUUCAUGUGUUUCUUCGUUCUCAUGUUCUUAGCUUUGGCAAACUACUUUUUUUAAAUUUUUGGUAGCGAUUCAGUAGAAGAUACAUUCGCUCACAUUGUGCUUUAGUCUAUUUUCUCACUGGUUAGUUCCUUCAAUAGCUUCAAUUUCAUUCAAUUUGCCUUUAGUGCAGAUCAGGCAUGCAACCAUCCCAAGCUAGGGUUCGCUGAUCGGCAGCGAACAUGUUCAGUAGCGAACCGUUCGGUAACAGACUGCUUGGUGACCGAACAUGUUCGGUUGCGAACGGUUUGGUGCCGAUCAGCGAUUCCUAGUUUGGGAUUGUUGCAUGCCUAAUAUCGAUGCAUUGUUUCGAAUUAUGUUUAUGAAAGCAAUCCAACUGUGAACAGGAUAAACGGCUCAGGUUGAAUAGUCUUAUAUAAAUACGUGACAAAGUUGAAUCUUACAUAAUUUUGAUGUGCAUCCAAUUAUUUUAUUCCUAAAAUUUAAUCUGACUAUCCACUUAAUAAGUAAAAGUUGAAUACACAUUAUCUCUGACGAUCGUGACUCGAAGAGAAAGCUAGAAAGUUUGGUUUCUAUUGAACUUGAGAUCACUUCAACGGUUCGAAUUUUUCGAGCGAGAAUUUUUCCGGACAAUGAAAGUUGUCAAAAAAACCUGAAAUACACAUCAAUCAAUUCAGUUUUUAAUGUUGAUUCGAAAUCUGAGAUUGAUUUUGCUUUUCAUGCUUAUCAUAACCUAAUUCCUUAUCUUUCUAAUGUACUUCAUUAUGGGCAGUCAUACUGAUAUUUUUGACCUUCGCUGCCGUUACACAGGUAUUUAAAAAAUCUGUGGUUGACAAAAGUUAGUGUAUUGCAGAGUUGUUUCUAUUUGGAUAACGGACCAACACAAAAGGAGUUUUUGAAAAUCGAACCAAAUAUAUUUAUCAUUCGAUCUGAAGCAUAUGAUGUAUUUUUAGAAUUUCAUUCUUCAUCAUUCAUUUUUCGUCGGAGUCCUGUGUCUACUAGAACCGCGUUUUUUUGUAUAAAUAGAAUACCAACUAGAUGCCAACUGCUCUCUACGAAGAUUGGAAGCCGACUGAGCGAACGUUUGUGAGAAGCAAGUAAGACAGAAACGAUGCUGAGCAUAAGCUUUUAUUGUUAUUAUCAGUUCAAAAUAAGAAUACGAGCUCACAAUCUUUUCUCAUUCAGAUUUUAGCCAUUCGUCCAAUAGACAUUCACUAGCUAUUAAAUCUUUGAAGGAAGCAUACCUUUUUUACACAGUAGAGUGACUAAACUAUGAUUUGGCUAUGAGAAACUAUAAGCUGGCUUUUUCCAAUCAUUUACUUCCUUUACACCUCAUAAAACAUAUGCAUUUUACCUUCUAGAUAAACUCACUUUCCUGUAGUAAACCAGAAAAAUAUUGGAGUCGCAUAUUGUAAUGAUAUCGGCCACUUACGUAUCAUACACAGAAACGUAGUUGGAAAUUUCGUUUUCGUUCUCAUCCUUAAGUCAGUUGAGGCUAAAUGAAACAUAAAAUGUAAAUAAAAUGUGUACACGUAUGAUGAGAUUUUUAGGUAAAAUACGAAACCAAUGAUCUAAGAAUGUCAGAAUUAGUUCACCGUCUUAGAAGAAAAUAAAGUAAGGUACAUUAUACUUUGUUAGUUAAGUUGUCCUUUGAGUAGUAAGAAAUAACCAUUUAGAAAAUACCCAGAGCUCAUUCUCUCUUUGAACAGAUAAUAUAAUAGUACAGGUUUCAACGUGUGGUUUUUGAGAUAUCGUUAGUGUUCGAUAAAAGGGAAGUUUCGCAGUACUUUCGUUAUCGAGUAACGCUGACUUUCGUCACAUGACAAAAGUCCUUUCGGCACGUGACGAAAGUUUAGCUAUGUUUUCAUAGUGGCUACGAAAGUUAACCCCUUUUGUGACGAGAGUUUGUUUUCGAUUAUGACGAGAAUCACUGGAUUUUUAGACAGGUGGCACAGCACUUUCGUCACACAUUGCGUGAAACAGCUGCGAUGAAAUCAAGGUUGUAGUGCGAAGUUCCUUAAUACAAAGUGUAGUAGUGCAAAGUGGAGCAAUAACUUCUUGCUUUUUCCGUUACAAACAUUGCAUUUUCUUAGCGAAACGCGUAAAAAACCCUUUUGAAGUCUUUUUCUAAGGCUAAAGUAUCAAAAUUAAGCGUCUAUUACGUUUGGGAGUAGUUCGGUCUGAAGUAGUCCACACUGCAACAGCCUGAAUUGGAGUAGUCCAAAUGCAAGAAGUUUUUUUUACAGUCAAUAGGAAUAGUAUAUAAACGUGAGAAAAACGGCAUAAUAAAGCGUUGUUGUGCACAUGUUAUAAGACGUUAUUUGCCGUUGUGUUGUUACUGUGACGAAAGUUCGCGAUAGGGUGUGACGAUAGUUGUAGGUAUGUUACACAGUUGGUUACGAAAGUUCAUCACUCUUGUGACUAAAGUGUGGGAUAUUCCGUUUUUUCUAUGUGACAAAAUUUAACGUGACGAAGGUGCUAUCAUCCAAAGAACAAAUCUGUACAUUUCUUCAUGAUGAGCAGAACGAUUUGGUGAUCACCUGCUCAUCGUUGCAUUCACAUUAGUUGCAGCAAAACAGUGUUGAGCUACCUUGCACCUUAUGCUACAGUCACAAAGCGUCAUCGGGUUUUAGUUCUUCAACAUACUUUUUUCUGUUUCAUACACACUAAUUUGAUUCAUUGCUGAUUUAGUUGAAUCAAAUAACUCGCGUCUGAAACUUAAAUUUCAUGAUCCUGGAAAAACACAAAUCGUUCAACCCCAUGAAUCUGAUCACAUAUUACCACCAAGGUCGAUUCAAGGAACAAUUUAUAAUCAAAUAAUGGGUUCCUAUUUUGGUUUAAUUAUUGUUGAACAAUUAGUUCAGUCAUCUCAUCCCGAACUAAAUGAAGUGUAUCCAUGGUCACACAUAAUAUCAUUCAUGUUAUGUACAACUAUUUCACUAAUUGUUCAACGGAAAUAUGAUGCAUACGAUCAAUAUGUUCGUUAUAAAUGGUACAUGAUAUGUGGAUACAUGUCAUCUUGUCGAUCUUCCAGCCCACAUGUAGAUAUUACAAUUAAACAAAUUCCCUAUGAAUUCGAAGUUCAACAAAAUGAUUAUGUUCAUCGAAAACGGUAUAGAAAAAGUAAACAUGAUUCAAUUCCGAGAGAAAAGAGAACAAGUUUUAUCUUUAAACCAACAGUAUGUCUUGCUUCAUCUAAUACUAGUGAUUGUUUUAAACGUCUAUUACCAAUAGUCGCAUUUUUCUACCAUUAUCCUCCAGACGCUAUUAAAUACGCUGGUGAAAGCGCAAGCAUCUUGAAUAAUGGUGAUGAUCGCCAGAUUGCUGCAUGCCGAUAUUAUGCAGGUUUAAUUGUUGGUGUCCUUCAUGGUUAUAAUAAAGAACAGUUGUUAGAUACAAAAUUUUAUGAUAAACAUUUAUUGGAAUGGUUCAAUAAUCAAAAAUUACACAAGGAUGUUGAAAAAAUUGCUAACGGAGAUCAAUGUCAUCAUCAUUAUUUACAAUCGUUAAAAUUAGCAUUAGAAGCAUUUAAGAAUGAUGAAAACGAUAUUGAACAAGGCUAUAUACAAGCAAAGAUCAUUGGUGGUGAUGAUACAGCUGCUGUCUAUGUACAAUUAGCUGGUGUACUUUACGGUUAUGCAAAUAUGCCUCAAAAAUGGAAAAAUAUAAAUAUUUAUGCACAAGAUUUUAUUAAAUCUCUAUCUGGAUGGUUGGACUGUGAGGGUAACCAAUGGUUUAAAAUAAAACAGCGGUUUUUUAAAAUACCCGAUCGUUUAUCAUUAUCAGCAUUAGAACCAAAACCAAUUGGUGAUUUUAUCCCACCAUUCAAUAUAUUGAACAAAAAAAUAUUUUCAUACGAAAUAAAUGAAGAAAGAGAUCCAAAAUUAUGGUGUCAAAUUAAUCAAUGGGUAGGACCAUUGCCAAAAGAUUUUGUUGUUGAUAAAAUUGAGCAUCCGUAUGACCAUAGUCGUUAUCAGCAUUUUUUGGAUGAAAUUAACAAAAUUGAAUUACGACAAAAACAACCGGCAUUUAAGCCUGAUUUAGUGAAAAUAGAAAAACGUUUGGAAGAACGUAAACGUGUUUUACUACAAGAGGAAUCGGGAUUUGAACCUAAUUUAUUACAAAAAACAGAAAAAAAUUUGAAAGAACUUCAAAGUGUUUUAGAACAUUUAAAUGGCUUAUGUGGACAAUUACAACAUAAUCGUCAAGUUAAUAUUGUACGUAUGUGGCGUGGAUGUCUACGAAAAGUAUUAAAAAGUUUAAUGCCAACAGGUUCUGCUGCAAAUGGUGUUAAAGAUGAAGAUUGGUUUGGUAAAGGAAUAUAUUUUACAUCGUCGGCUAAAUAUGCAUCGACUUAUGGCGGUCCGGGUGAAUGUAUUAUCUUAUGUUAUGUCUUGAUACUGAAUCCAUUGCCAAUUAUUGACGAUGAUGUACCACAAUAUUCUAAUCCAAAAGACUCUCUAUUCUAUGCUCUAGGUAAUUGUGAAAAUUACCAUUGUCACUAUAUACCAAAAGCAGUAUGUAAUGAUGAGAAUGGCUUCCAUGAUGAACUAGUUGUGUUUCAAGAAGCAUAUAUUCUGCCGUCAAUUGUCGUAUACUUCAAAUAA